GUCAUCAUGACUUUACAACAUUAACAAAUUCAAAAUUGCAAAAAUCCUUCGUGCAACAUUUUCUCAUCAAUCUCACAUUCAUUCCCAUUUAUUGUACAUCAAUAAAUUAUCACAUUUGUUUCACAUCAAUUUUCUACAUUCAUUACACACAUUUUCUACAUUCGUCGAUACAUCGAAUUCAAUUACAGCCAUUAAAAAUGGAAGGUUUCCAAAUUUCUUACGAAAGGAUACAGAGAAUGGCCAAGUUCGUAGAAGUUAUUAUGGGGUGUAAACCAAGAAUAGGCAUAAUUUGCGGAGCAGGAAUGCUUCCAAUUUUCGAUAUAGUGGAAAGCCGAAACGAAAUAAAAUAUUCCCAAAUUCCCGGAUUCCCCGCCGCCGAUGUGGGACCACAGGGAAACGCGUUCGUUUACGGCAACAUCGCCUGCAUCCCCGUCAUAAUCCAAACUGAUAGAUUCAUGUUCUACGAAGGUUACACAUUGGACGUGAUCACGUUGUCGGUGAAAUUGUUCUACUUGUUGGGCGCCACCGAGCUGAUCGUGCUCACCUCCGCCUUCAGCAUCAACCCCAGUUACAAGCCGGGCGACGUGAUGAUCAUGAAGGACCAGCUCAACAUGGUCGGCCUGUGCGGCUCCAACCCGCUGCGCGGCCCCAACGACGAGCGCUUCGGCGACCGGUGCCCCUCGAUGAUCGAUUGCUUCGAGCGCGCCGUCUACAAGCACGCCCGCCGCAGCGCCGAGGAGCUCGGCUGGGGCUGCAAGAUCCACACGGGCGUGUACGCCUCCAUUUCGGGACCCACCACCACCACCGCGGCGGAGGCGAAUAUGCUGCGGAUGUUCGGGGUGGACGCGGUGGGCAUGACGUCGGUGCACGAGGUGAUCGCCGGGAGGCAUUGCGAUAUGGCGGUGUGCGGAUUGGCGCUGGUGACGGCGAUGGCGCGAUUGGAUUACGGCAGGUACAGGGAGCCGACGGCGGGCGGGAUGGCCGCCGUGGUGGCGGAGAACGUGGCGCCGCUGCAGGACCUGUUGGUGAAGAUAGUGCAGUUUAUGGGCGUGAAGAGGGUGUGCAAGUGCAUCAAUAAGGGAGAUUUGGAGGGACGGAAGAGCAGGAAGAGUACUAUUAGGAGUUGAGUUAAUAAAAGUUUGGAUAUCGUCAUGGUGUUUUGUGUUAUUUUUAAGCGUAGGCGCGCUGUUUUAAUAUUUAUGUAGGUGGAUUUCUCGUGUUUAACAUCGGCUCGUUAGCUCAGUGGUUAGAGCACCACACUGAUAAGAUUUCGCGUGGAGGUCGUAGGUUCGAUUCCUA